AUGUCGAGUUCUAUCUCCUGUCUAGGAUUAGGCAUUCUAGUUAUAUCUGUCUUGGAAUUAUUCUGUGACAAUGAAUCAUUCAGGGGCGAUGGAGGCAGAGAGGUAGAGGCAGGGGAUGCGCUGGAAUGGGGACAUCUGCAGGAAAGCAGGAAUCCAACAACUUCCAUCCGAGGAACAGGAAUUCUAUCCAGCCACAGAGAUAUGCUGAUAGGCGUUAUCGGCUCCCGGCGUUUCCGCACAGACUUCCUGCAGGAACUGCCCACUCCUGGAACGGGACCGCAUUUCGACACCUCCAUACCCAACAACCUCACCGGCCUGGUGGGCAAGACGGCCUACCUCAACUGUCGCGUGAAGAACCUGGGCAACAGAACGGUGUCCUGGGUUCGACACCGAGAUAUCCACUUGCUGACAGUUGGACGUUAUACAUAUACAAGCGAUCAGAGGUUCGAAGCCAUCCAUUCACCCCACACGGAAGACUGGACACUGAGAAUCAGAUAUCCACAGCGCAAAGAUUCGGGAAUCUACGAGUGUCAGAUCAGCACUACGCCGCCAAUUGGGCAUCCUGUAUAUCUCACCGUAGUAGAGCCCAUCACGGAGAUUCUAGGAGGCUCUGAUCUCUUCAUUAAUAGAGGCAGCACGAUAAACUUAACAUGUCUGGUGAAGUUCGCCCCCGAGCCUCCGCCAGUCAUGCUCUGGAGCCACAACAGAGAGGUGAUCAACUUCGACUCUCCGCGAGGUGGCAUCAGCCUCGUAACGGAAAAGGGCCCUGUCACUACAAGCCGCCUACUCAUCCAGAAGGCUAUACCUUCAGACACAGGACUGUACACAUGCGACCCUUCCAACGCCAAUCCUGCUAGCGUCCGGGUGCACAUACUCAAUGGGGAACACCCGGCCGCCAUGUACCACGGGCCAGCCGGCGCUCCAACCGCCCCAUCUCUCAGUGCCUUGGUAGCGCUGUUGCUCAUCACUGCCUCGUGGACGGCAACCAUGUAGCAUCUGCAAGUGUAACGAGUCAGUGUGUGAGAACGUGUGAGUGAAUUAAUCGUCACGUAACGUUUGUCCAUCACCCACAGAUUCCUCUACAUAUCAGUGCAUAAAGAAAACUAAUUGAUACCGAACCGUAAUUUCCCGUUGCAAGAAACAUUCCGAAUUUUUAAAUCUCUGCCUGUUAUAAAUUUAACUGUCGGAUGAGUACAGUAAGUUGUAAUUUAUGUCACGACUUUUAAUACGAUACAGAGAUAACUGCUAAGUUUGUUAAUAAUGCUUAUGAAGGAACUAUUAUUAUAAGAAGGAAUAUUAUUCGAAAAAAAUCUCAAAAUAUUAAUAAUAACUCAUAUAUGACAUGGUGCUUGAAAACGGUUUCUAUUUCAAUGAUGUUAUCGACUGAUUAUAUGAGAAAUCAAGCAGCCUAUAUUGCCCUCUGGCUGAUGCGAAUAUAGUGUUCCACUAGUACCUUAUAAAGAAAGAAAAGAAUGCAUUUGCUAUUGACGGCUAAGGUCAUAGUUUCAUUCGCACUAAUACCGUCAGAAAUAAUGAAAAAUUUAUUCCAUAUAUAUCGAGUUCCUUUUAAUAUGGAAUUAGUUAAAAGUAAUGGCUAUGUAUUACAGUCAUGACACCGACAGAGCACUGGGGUUAAUUUUUAAAUUUCAGAAGGCUUGAACCUAACAGGGGUUUCACUGGCCGUACCCUACAGACAUCUUCAUACUUAUGCCAUACUUAUCUCUUACAUUAGAGAUAAUAUUCUCGCAGGUAAAUGUGAAUACGUCAUAAAAUUUGCAUGAAGUGGAGUGAGGUUCCGAUUAAUAUUUUAUAAAAUAUGCGGAAAUUCUUAAAAAACUCUUCAGGUUACUCGUAUAACUGCUCCAAGAAGAGACCAAAAUAUUCGUGUAGGAAGAGUAGCCUGCUUUAAACAAUCACAUCUGACAUGACAACAACAUAUAUCGCCCGAUUGGAAAAAAAAAUAACAAUUCUCCAGCUGUGUUUUUCCCCGUUUCAACAGUUUUCUCUCUUCGUCUAUAUUUUACUUUGAAAACGAAAAAGUGAAUAUUCUUAACAUCAAACGCCUAAUAAAGUGAACUGUUUAAAAGAGUGAGUGAUUUUGAUAUUAUCAUUUAUUUCAAACGUGGGGAAAAUAGAAAAAAAAUGGUGUACUCUGAGAAAAAUGCAUUUUUCUACAAGCGUCACAACAAGUUUACUUGACUCAGAUGCAAUAUCCAGUCACUUCUUGAAUGAAGACUCCUAAUAAAUUCUGAAGUCGUCUUAUGCAAGGAAAUGGUUUCAUUCCUGAAAGCGUAUAAUCGUAUUGGUGAUAUGAAAGAUAUUAAAAUUGAUCAGCUUGGAAACAUGACGAUAACGACGAUCGGAGAAGUCUGCAAGGAAAUUACCUAUGUUUAUUAAGUCUCAGUUUCCUUGCAAAAUUGUAUUUUUAAGUCAAACCUCUGUUCCAUAUUUGUGAAUAAAGUAUAUUGCUACUGCA